AUGCCGGGACGAGGCAGCGCCAAGUCCAGUGCUUGGCGUGGUCGACCUCGCAGGGGUUUCCUCCACGGAAGUUCCAGAGACCGGUCGAGAGGUGGCUCGCAGAGGGGCUCGCGGGGAGGCCGACAAGGUGAAUCAAGGACUGGCUCGGAUGGCAGCUCAAGAGGGAGCUCGUAUACACCUCGUCGUUCGAGGGGAUCUUCCGCUCGUGCAUAUCGAGGAUCGCACGGCAGUUCCAGUGUCGUUGGUCCACACCACACCUCGCCCAUUUUCUCGAGCCCUCGUGGUACCCGUGUACCAUCACUUGAGAAGAUUUCGCUAUCUGCAGGACAAUACAUUGAAGAUACCGAAUAUCAAAAUCACCCCGUGGACCCCGCGAAUCGACUAUCACUACCGUCCAAGAACCAUCUCUUGCACUCGAUUGCUACUAGAGUCGAAUCCGGCAAUGGUCAAGUGCCCCUACCACCGUCAGGCAGCGAGUGCGAGACACCGUCACUCCUUGGCAGAGAAGGGACGGGUCAACUCGAGCGGAGGAACGAGGUUCUUAUGGCCAUUUCCGUUCAAGUGAAAGGUAUCCUUGGGUGUGCCUAUUACGAUACAGACGAAAACAGCUUGUUUCUUCUGCAGGAUAUGUCCUGUACCGCGCCGUUGCAGUUUGUCGAAAUGCUCAUGCUGCACAUUCAACCAACGACCGUCUUGUUACCCCUGAAAGUACCGGAUGUGAUUCUUCACUUCUUUGAGAAAUAUCAAAGUAAUGUGGACCGAGGAUCUGAAAGGGACAACUACAUUCUCCGACUUCUAGGUUCAAAUGAAUUCAGCCACGCGGCUGCUAUGGAGAGGUUAACGAAUUUACCGAUCGCCGCCUCGGAACAUGCUUUGGUGACGAAUACAGGAUUCGGUCUCUCCAGUCGUGGCUUGCAGGGUCCCGGAGAGGAAUGCCAAGAUGUCAAAACGAUGCGUCUCGGAUCUUUCGUAGAUCUGGAGAGCGUUGCAUCAAUUGGCUGUGCCGGUGCCGUGCUGUGCGAGACUAUGCGACUUCAAAAUGUUCAACGGGCGGCAGAAAAUAUAGAGAGAGCUUUCGGAGUGUCGCUGCGGAUGUUUGCUUUGGCGGACUUCAUGUUUGUAAACGCCGACACGCUCUCCUCCCUCCAAGUAUUCCAAUCCGAACUACAUCCGAGUAACCUGAUCUCCGGCACGGGAAAAGCAGUCUCUGGUUCGAAAGAGAGCCUAUCUCUAUUCGGCAUCUUUCACCCACUCGCUGGCACCCCUCAGGGCAAGGCACGGCUCAGACAACUCUUCUUACGCCCACUAGUCAAUAUCGACGUGAUCCGCGAGAGGCAAGCAACCAUUGCGGUAUUCCUGCAACCGGGGAACGAAGAGGCCUUUUCGAGCAUAUCUCAGGGACUACGAAAGUGGACACUUACUCGAUUUUCGCUCCAUGUGCUACGGCUCAGAGACUCCAUACUUCAGCUGCAAAACUCCAACGGCCUUGUCAUCAUACAUAAGAUGGUCCAGGACGUCACAGUGGACAAACUGACGGCAAUUAUAGAUUUAGUAGGGAACGUUGUCGAUUUCGAGGAAACCAAAGCAAACUCACGCAUCGCUGUGAGAUUACACGUAAACACUGAACUCGAUGAACUGAAACAGACUUACCAAGGGCUAGAAUCCCUCUUAAACGAGGUUAGCACAACGUUGUCGUUGGAGCUCCCGACGUGGGCUCGCAAAUUCGUCACAGGCUGUGUGUUUUGGCCGCAACUAGGCUUCCUCACUGUUGUCCCUUUACUCGAGGGCACUCAGGCAGGCUACGAAGGCCAAGGACUGUCCGGUGACCGUUGGGAGCAAAGAUUCACGGCGAACGACAAUGUCUACUUCAAGAACAACCUCAUGAUGGAGCUAGAUGAACACUUCGGGGACACUUACAGCAGGAUUGUUGAUCUCGAGGUUGAUAUCUUGCACGGUUUAGCCUGCAAGAUCCUCGAACAUGAAGCUACCCUCAGUCGCGUGUCCGAUGUUUGCGGCGAACUUGACUGCCUUGUAGCCCUUGCUAGCGGAGCACUCAAAUAUGGCUGGGUAUGUCCGACUAUGACAGAAGACAACAUUAUGUCAAUCUACGGAGGACGUCACCCCCUCCAGGAGCUGGCGGUGCCUGCAUUCAUCUCCAAUGACUGUAUUCUUAUGGGAGGCUCUGCCGAUGAAGCAAAAACACCAACAUCGAUGCCAAACAGCAAUAACAUUGGCGUCAGCACUCUUGUUAUCACAGGGCCAAAUCAUUCGGGGAAAAGUGUAUAUGUCAAGCAGGUUGCCCUCAUUGUUUACCUUGCACAUAUUGGCAGCUUCGUGCCCGCUACCGGCGCUACGAUUGGUCUCACGGACCAAAUUCUAACUCGUAUCUCGACGCGGGAAAGCGUGUCGCAAGCGGAGAGCGCAUUUGGUACCGAUUUGAGGCAGGUGGCCUUCCUGCUGAACCGUGCUACCCGUCGAACACUCGUGGCAAUCGACGAAUUUGGCAAAGGGACGGCAGCUGAUGAUGGAGCUGGUUUAAUGACUGCCCUCAUUGAGCACUUCAGCACCCUCGGUUUACAGUCCCCCAAAGUUCUGAUCACAACACAUUAUCAUGAGAUAUUUGAAGGAGGUUUUCUUCAAGAGCGACCAGGACUAUCGCUCGCGCACAUGGAAGUCCGUCUUGACAUCGACGCGAACCAGAUGGAGGACCAAGUGAUUUUUCUUUACAGUCUAGUUCCCGGAAGGAGCACGUCAAGUUUCGGGAGCAGAUGUGCAGCAUUGAAUGGAAUUGAUACCGCGGUGGUCGAGCGAGCUGAGGCUAUUGUACUGCUCCUCGCCCGAAAUGAAGACCUUGGGGUGAUGUGUGCUAGAUUAGAUGCCGAAGAUGAAGCUCGACUUGAGGAAGCCGAGAACGUUGCCCGGCAGUUUCUUCGAAUCACUUUGGAUGGCCCUGGACAUUUCCAGUCUAGAGGGCGAGGUGCUUUGUCUACUCUGGGCAUUUUGGAGAGUCUUCUCGUGCCGGCAGUGGUUGAGUGA